AUGCCCGCAGCAGAGUCGAGUCAUGCCGAGGAAGACGACGCGCGGCUGAACGAGCGCAUAUUAAAAGCGCGCUCAGAGCUUUCAGAGCUUCGCCAGAUCAUAGCCAAAGACGAUCGAGACCGCUUGUUUCGCGAGAGUGAUGGUCCCGCCUCACGAACUCGAAGUCGCAGUUCUCAUGUACAGCAAGACGCCAAGCGAUUGCCACCGAAUGAUGUUGGCUGCAAAACAUUGCAUACGCUGCACAGCUCAACAGGAAAGCGUCCUAUACAACAUCCGUGCUCGGAAGACACUGUGCGCUCGGAUCGCAUGCGUAUGGCAGAACUGUCGGAUGAGCAACUCACAUGGCCAUCCACCGAUAAUGAAGCAUCAGCUCAAGGUUGUGAUAAAAUAAGCCCCACAAAUCGAGUUGGAGCCAAGCUUUUGCCGCGUCAAACGAUGGCUAAGGACUUGAGGGCUUUUUCUACGGAUUACGUGCAACAGGCGCUAAGCUUUGACAAUGUCACGGACGACGACGAAGAUGAAGCUGUUUUACCCCCUCCAACAAAUACCAAAAGUAAGGCACGGCUUACUCCUUUAGUGGAUCAUGAACUUGCCCGAAAAUAUAGAGGAACUAGGACGCCAGAGGAUUUACAAACAUAUGUGCGGCAGAUGGAAGAAACUAUUGUUCAACUUGUGCAACAAAAGGAUGAACUCCUCAGAAAUCAAUCAACUUUUGAUCAGCAGAUUGUACAGGGAAAGCUGCUGCAGUCAGGACAAUUGCACAAUAACGAAGAUGUGGCUACUUUGCAUGAAGACAUGCUAGAUGAACUGCGAGUUCAACGUGAACAACUGAGUGAACUUGAGGCAGAUAGUAAACGUCGCAAGUAUGAUGCGGAGCUUCAAGAACAGGAUCGCGCCAUUGAGAUUUCGCAGAUAAAGGCGGAUUUAAUUAGUGUUGUCGCGAAUGAAAAAAUGCGUGAUGAGCGUGCGGAGCUAAUGGCUGACACGGUAAAGAAGCUCCAGCAGGAAAUGCAAGAGGCUGUUAAGAAUAUGUCGCAGCGCUACCAAUUGCUGGACAAAAGGGUUAAUCAACUUCAGACUCCCAUGACACAGCCCCGACUUGUGGGCCGCAAGUCACAACGAAGAUUCUUAUGUUUCGUUUCUUUUUCAGUAUUAAUGGGGCUUAUUUCUCUCGCGAUCGAAAUAGGAAAGUAG